AUGGUGCUGUUUGGUAAUGCUGCUGGCUCUGCAAACUGGGUGCUCCGGAGGGGGCUGUGGGGACUGAUGCUGGUGUUGUCUGUAGCCAUAUACGGCUCUCAUGCUCCCCUCCUGACCCUGUGCAAGGUAGAUGGGAUGAUCCCCUUCAGCUCCACGUCCGUCGUUGUUCUUGUUGAGCUGACAAAACUGGUGUUCUCCCUCCUGUUCCUGCUGACCUGGGACCGGGAGCUGCUGGGAGUUGCCGUGUCAUGGCGCCACGUUGUCCCCUUCGCCCUCUCUGCCUUGCUCUAUGCUGCCAACAACAACCUGGUGGUUCACAUGCAGCUCUUCAUGGAUCCCAGCACCUACCAGGUCUUGAGUAACUUAAAGAUCGUCAGCACCGCGCUCCUCUACAGCCUCUUCCUGCGCCAACAGCUCGCCAUGCGCAGAUGGCUGGCUCUCUUCCUGCUGGUGGCUGCUGGGGUGAGCUACAGCUGUGGCGGCCUGCGAGACCCUGGCAGCCCCUCUGAGAUGCAGCUGCACAUCACGCUGCUCGGCUUGUUGCUGAUCUCUGUGUACUGCCUGAUAUCGGGCUUGUCUGCUGUCUACACAGAAGCCAUCCUGAAAACCCAGGCGCUGCCUCUCAGCCUUCAGAACCUCUUCCUUUACUUCUUUGGGGUCCUGUUCAACUUGAUCGGCUACUUCUGGAGCGGCACAGAAGGCGGUUUCUUGGAGGGCUUCUCCUCCUGGGUGCUAGUGAUUGUGGUCAGCCAGGCCUUGAACGGCUUGAUCAUGUCUGUGGUCAUGAAGCACAGCAGUAACAUCACCAGGCUCUUCGUGAUCUCCUGCUCUAUCCUGGUCAAUGCCCUCCUGUCUGUCACCCUCUUCAACCUGCAGCUCACCCUCCUUUUCUUCGUUGCUGUCUCGUGCAUUGGCCUUGCUGUUCACUUGUACUAUGGGGUCAGAUAGCUGCUGCCUUCCUGUCCUGCACGCACCAGGGUGGUCUUUAGUCGUUCCUCAGGGGUGUUCAGCGCUUCUGCUGGGGCUGGUGUAAGAAGCAUAGCGGUGCUCUGCCCGUCGGCCUCCCCACCCAACUUUGCAGGGAGCCGCUCCUGCUGGGUGCGUACCAGGCUAGCAUGGAGGAGUGCUGGGGAGGGAGUGCCCCAUCCCUCUCUCCAGGGAGAGGUUGGGCCCUGCUCCAGCCCAGUGGGGCUCCGUGCCACGGGGUUCCUGUGUGAUCAGGCGGGCACAGCCUCGAGGGCGGGUCCUGGAUACCUCGUUCACGUGGCGUAUUGCAUUCUCAAGCUGCUUCCCCCAUCUUCCCCGCACCAAAGAGCGCACUUGUUUCUUGUGCCUGUUAAUGGUCCCGCAGUGGUUAUCUCUGCUGUGCUGUGGGCUCUGCGCACGGGCAGCCCUGCUGCACAAUCACUGCCAGGCCAGCGUUGGUCCGACGCUGUUUUGACUACUGUGGAUGGUGCUUCCCCGUGGCAGGGGGCCAUGUCCAUCCGACAUGCCCAGCCGAUCCCCAGCCCUUGGCUUCAGGGAAGCCUCGGCACUGUGGGAGGUGACCCCUGCUGGCCUGUGACCCCUCAGAGCCCCUGGUGAGGUGGGAAGAGGGUUUCUCCCUCCAGGUCUGGGGAAGGAGCUGAGUGUUGCUGCCUGGAGAGCCUCAUGCCAUGGCCAGAGGUGUUUUUCCCACCUCUUUCUGGUUUUUUGGCACACCCCUUGCCCCAGCCCCUGGCUGAAGGGCUGCUCUCUGUAGGCCCCACUCCCCAUGCAGAGCAGAUGGGAAAUAAGGGGUGCAGGAACUGUUUCACCUGCUCCCCAAAAGGGAGAGAGCACCUGAAUUUGUACCAAUGCUGUGGCUAGUGAGUUCCUGACAGGCAGAAGUCACCGCUGGCUCCAGCCAGGGUUAUUAAAGUUGUGGUUCAACA